GGGUUGUUUUAUCAUUUAAUCAGUAAUUUGUGUUUGUUUUAACAGGCUUACCAGCUAACCACUUUUCCUAUGUGAAGAACAUUGAUCCUGGCCUGCCUAUCUUUCUAUUCAACUAUAGUGACAGGAAGCUCCAUGGAAUUUUUGAGGCAUCUAGCAAGGGACAAAUGUAUAUAGACCCUUAUGCAUGGAUUGAUGAUGAUUCAGAAUUGGAUAGAACACAAUACCCUGCACAGGUUAAAUUUCGAGUCCGGCUUCAGUGCCAGCCACUGUCUGAAGAUAAAUUUGCACAAGUAAUUGCUGACAACUACUACACAAAUAACCAUUUCUGUUUUGAAUUAGACCAUAGACAAGCAAGCAAGCUUAUUUCAUUACUAGCUUCUUUAGCAUUUGCUGCUGGUUGUAAUUUGAAGUGGAGAAGUGUGUCUCCAUCUCCUCCAUCAACUCUCAACAAAGGUGAAGCAUGUGAAACACCAGAAUCAGAGACACAGCAUUUAACUAGCUCAAGUAGAAGAAAAGAUUCAACUGAAAUCAAUUCUUCUUUAGAUGGGGACACCAAGCCAUUGGAUACCCUGGCACCAAUGAAGGAGAUGAAUGAGAAUGAGAUGAACCUUAUAUAUGUGAAACUAAAGGAAUUGGCUCUUGGCCAUGAAAGCCAAGACCUUUCUGUGUCAGAUAAUGUAAAUGACACUUCUGAUGAGAAUGAUGAGUGCACUGUGGAAAAGGAAAAGGAUUAUCAGGAGGUGCCAACAGGUUUACAGGAGAAGGAAGAGAGUUUGAGUCCUCCAGUUCAGCAUCAAAGCACCAUUGACCAGUUGAUGCAAGAAGUUGAAGAACUAACCGCUUUCAAGAAAAUACAAACACAGAAAAAUCGUUACAUGGAGCAGAAGCUGAGGGAGGCAGAAUUGAAAAUUCAGAAUCUAAUGGAUCGUUGUACAAAGUUAGAAUCAGCGUUUAAUCUUCCUCUGACACAUGUUGAGAAGACAGCCAUUCAGCCAUAUGCUGAUCAGCAUGUAGACCCUAAAGAGUCAUUAUCUUUAAAACCGGAUUUUGAUACAAAAUCAUGGUUAACAGCAUUGAAUUUCUAUUGUCCUUUCCAGAAUGUGACCAAAUCUCUCUAUCCUGUGAACAGAGUUCAAUCAUAUGAUUCAAUAUUAGAGCUAAACGGUAAGUUUUGUGUUUUUUUUGGCAGAAAUGGUCAUGUUUGGUAUAACAUAGGAGUGAGAUCUUGCUGAAUUUUCUAAUUUAUUUUUUGUGACAUGAAUUUUUGUCAAUUUUUUUUUUAUCUUUUAUAGUUGGAUCAUAUAGUCCAAUUCUCGAUAAGUGGGCCUUGUGCCCCUCUUUGAAUCAGAAUAAAGGAAGUUUGGCACUAGUUUCUUUGACCAACAAAAUAUUUGGUGAUGUUGGUGCUAGUGUAAUUGACUGCUUCUCAGAUAUUGAGGUGUUUGAUUUAGACCUUGGAAAGUGGAUCUCUGCAUAUUCAAUACAA